CCCCCUUUCUCUCCCUUGGCCUUUUGCUUGGCUUUUCUUCAUCGAAGUAUCUUCCCUUCUUUUUCCUAUACCCACUAAUCCCUUUUCAUUUUGUACAAAAUGCAAUCAUUUUGAAGCCACAAUUCAUUAAAUCUACUUUACUAUCAUUUCUGUUCGUUUCACCUCAAAGCAAUUUAAGAAUCCAAAAAAUCCCGACGCCGGUGUUUCACUGUGAGCCGUCGUCAUUGGUGGGAAUGACCACUUGGCCGUCCGGGGUGGGAAUGACCAAUCAAGCAAUGGAGAUGAAUUGUUCCCGUGAUCAGUCCGUGGACUGCUUCUUUAAUUCCAAUUGGGAAAAGUCGACGGAUUUUGGUGUCCAGUUUGAGUCGACUUUGAGUUCGGACGUGUCUUCACCAGCAGCGUCAAAUUCAAAUAUGUCCAAUGAGAGCUUCGUGAUCAGGGAGUUGAUUGGGAAAUUGGGGAAUAUUAGCAAGUCCAGUCAAAUCUUGCCACAUUCUCAGCCGUUGUUGGCUUCUUACAUCAAUGGCAAUAACAGCACCAACACUUCCUGUUAUAGCACUCCUCUGAAUUCCCCUCCGAAGCUGAGCUUGCCAGUGGAGGACAAUUUGGCUAAAGAGAAGAUACGCAGUUUGGGAAAAUCAAUGCCCAUGAAUUCCAUUGUGGAAAAUUUAUCCGCCAACCCCGGAUUCGCAGAUAGGGCGGCGAGGUUCUCCAGCUUCGGCAGCCGCAGUUUCAACAACAGGACGAGUCAAAUCGAGCUGAACGACAACGAAACUCCCUAUAGUUCUACUCCGGUAAUGGAAAAUGACAAGCUGUUGCGCGUUUCAAGCAGUCCUUCUUUCAAGGUAAUGGGGGCACAAGGCAGUGGAGUUCAGGGAAACAAAAAUUCCCCAUCCGAAGCAGCCAAUUCCCACGAGGAAUCCACAGUUUCUGAGCAAAACCCUAACGGAGAAUCCAGUCUGAAAGCUGCAAAUGAUUCGAAUUCAAGGAAAAGAAAGGCAGCUUCUAAAGGGAAAGGAAGGGAUACUUCAAUGUCCCCACCACCAAAUACAAAUACAAAGGUAUCUGAAACUAAUGAAGAUUCGAAUUCCAAGAGAUGCAAGCAAUCUGAGGGUAACGGGAGCGAAAAUGGUGCUGUUAAAUCAGAGGAGGAACCAAAAGUAAGCAAUGGAAAUGCAGGGGAUGAGAAACAGAAAAAGGCUAAUAAUACAAAGCCUCCUGGGCCUCCAAAGGACUACAUUCAUGUUAGAGCAAGAAGGGGUCAAGCCACGGAUAGCCAUAGUCUAGCUGAAAGAGUUCGAAGAGAGAAAAUCAGUGAGAGAAUGAAGCUUCUCCAAGAUCUCGUCCCGGGAUGCAAUAAGGUGACCGGAAAAGCCCUAAUGCUUGAUGAAAUUAUAAACUAUGUUCAAUCAUUGCAGAGUCAAGUUGAGUUUCUUUCUAUGAAGUUGGCUUCUGUGAACACCAGGCUGGAUUUUAACAUUGAUUCUCUAAUGUCAAAAGAUAUAUUUCAACCAAACAACUCAACGCCACAUCCAAUAUUCCCCUUAGAUUCCUCGGCAUCAGCCUUCUCCGGCCAACAGUCCGAGCAAAAUCCAGCAAUGCAUAACAACAUUUCUAAUGGAACAAUGAUCCAGUGCCCUGUGGACCCUUUAGACACUGUACUAUGCCGUAGCCUUAAUAUGCAAUUACCUUCUCUUGACCAAUUUACUGAAACUCUUCCUCCUCCGCAGUGCUCAACAUUCUGUGAAGGUGACCUGCAAACCAUUGUUCAAAUGGGGUUUGGCCAGAAUCCAAACCUGGAAUCACCAUUGCAACCACACAAUUUCUAUGGAUCAACUCAAGUAUCCCACAUGAAAGUUGAGCUCUAAUCCCCAUUCUUUUUGGUCCUGGAUUAAAGGUCAAAAAGGACAGACACAACGGCUGCUGUAAAUACACAUGAACCAAGUUGCAUAUGUACUCCCACUAAGCUACUUUAUUAUCAUUUAGGAUUUAAUCUUUAAUCCUAGGGAUCAUUAAUCAAUUCCCCCUUUUUUGUCAUCUUUUCUUGAUUUUUUGUCUUCUAAUUCUUUUGAGGAGUUUUUCUUACAACUCUAUCCACUGUAAAAUCAUAGUAUCCAUUAUUCUCUGUAUUCUGGUGCAAAGCCUUUGCAGCAUGCAUGCACCUC